AUGUCCCAGGGACGUCCAUCCCGUCAGGAACGGCGCUUCUGCCCUUUUCCUUUGGGGGUCCGGCUCCCCCCGCCCGCCCCGUCGGUCAUUCCCCACCCGACUCUCGCGUCUUGUCACCCGCGAGGGCCUGGCAAGCGGGCUCGCUCCCAAGGUUCCCAAGCGCGGGAAGGGGCAACCCCACGCCCACGGUCCGCGCAGGGGAAAUACACCUUCGCAGAUGGCUUGGAGUACAAAGACCAUAACUGGCACUACUGCGACGGCUAUGACCGGAGGUUUUACACGGAAAUCUGCAAGGGCCUGAAGCCAGCAGGCAUUUCCCAGCUGACCAACCUGGAUCCCGCUCGGCCUAUCCCGCCCGGCUGCUACGACUGUGGCGACGGCUUCUACAACCCGCAGACCAGAGUGGUGGUUGAUUACCGGCACCGCUUCCUGAGAAACGCAGAUGACGACGAGCACGACUGGAUUGUGAAGACGUGCCGGAAGGGCUGGGACGAAUGUGUUGGCUACAAGCCGGCCAAGUGAGCUUCGCG